CAAUAAGAGUCCCAGACCCGGUUUUCCCAGGGUCCCAAGGUGAGCCGCUCGGUGAGCCCCACGGCAGGUGCAGGUGCAGGUGCAGGUGCAGGCGCGACCCAAAAUUUUCGCAGAACCUGGAAGCCUCCAUCUCUCCUCGGUCUUGCACCGACACCACCGUCAACCAUCUUUACGCUCCAUCCCCACGCCCGAAAAUCCGCUCCGCUUCCCCUGACGACAGAAAAAGAAGAAAAGAGGAGAAAAAAUGGCCCAAGGCGCAUUCAAGCAGUCCAGCAAGGCCAAGGCCCCCAAGGCCGUGCACUCCAAGAAGCAGGCGUCCAAGGUGUCUAAGCCCAAGAAGAACAAGGCCGGCAUCGACAAGGCGCACAAGAAGUUCACCUCUGGCCUGACGGCCAAGACGGAGGCCCUGCUGGGCGAGCGCGCCGGCCACCUCGAGCUCCUGGGCGGCAAGGGCAAGCGCACCGACAAGAAGGCCACUGUCAAGGCCGGCUCCAAGAAGUUUGGCUGAGCGAACGGGACGACACAUAUCCAUGGAGGGUGCAGGAGGCCACGGACAAGCGACCGGGCGAUAUUACGAUUAAUUUUGUGCCUCGGCUUUGCGAGAAAGCCUUGCACUUCCGGAGCAGACGCCUCAUCGUGCGUCGACCUUUUCUAGGUCAAACUCGUCACCCACGGCUACGGCGUCGAGGAUGGCCGCUACGACCUUAAAGUCCCGCUCUAUAUCCACCUUCCAGUUCGACACGGCAAUCCUCACGGCCUUUUGCCCGGCCCAGGCCGUCCCGCUCACGUACAUCUGCCUCGUUUCGUUGAUCCUCUCGACGAGAACGUCGUUGAGGGCGGCGUCCUUGGCCCGGAACAAGACAAUCAUGAAGACGCGGUCGAGCGGCGCACCUUGGUCUGGCAGCAGUUCAUAGUGCGGCGAGUCUCGCAGGUAGGCGGCCACGCGGCGUGACAGCUGCACCAUGUUGGAGACGAUGCGCUCGAAGCCCGGGUAGCCCUCGCUGAGGAGAGCCGCGUACACGGGCAGGGCCCGAAAGCGGCGCGAGUUCUCGAGCCCGAUGUUGAGCGGCGAGGGAAUGCUGGAGGCGGAGCCGGAGGAGAGGUAGGCGGCGUUAGGAUUAGUGAAGACGGACUGCAGGAUCGACGCGGAGCGCGUGUAGAACAUGCCGCAGUCGUACGGCUAUAGAGAGGCCAGUCAGCUUAUCGAUGAAGAUAUCCGCAGCCAACGGGAGACGGUGUCUGUGUAUGUACUCACCACGUUGAGCAUCUUGUGGCCAUCCACGGUGAUGCUGUCGGCCAGCUCAAUGCCCUCGAGCUGCUUCUUGAGCCAGGCGUACUCGUCGCCCUCUCCCAAGACACGCGCAAAAAUGCCAAACGCUAGAAACACCAG